GUCACCGCGCCUCUCAAGCCCCAAGUCAGCCCAACCGGAAGUUAACAGAUUUUCUAUUCCACCAACCGACGCUCGUGAUUUCGUAUAAUAGUAAUUAUGUGAUAAGACCGUAAAGGCUGAAUUGUGCGCUGUUAUUUCGCUGAAUACAGUUCAAUAACUUAAAGAUGCCAUUAUUUGAUGGUCUGGGAAGUGGAGCGGAGAAGACAGCCAUCGUCAUCGAUUUGGGAGCAGCGUACACAAAAUGUGGCUUUGCAGGGGAAACGGGGCCCAGGUUCAUAAUUCCGAGCGAGAUCCGGAAGCUGGGCCAGCAGCAGGCCACCAAAGUGGUCCAGUACAACAUCAACACAGAAGAGCUCUAUGUCAUCCUCAAAGAGUUUAUCCACACACUCUACUUCAGGCACCUGCUGGUGAACCCUCGCGACAGAAGAGUGGUCGUUAUCGAGUCCAUCCUCUGCCCGUCCCACUUCAGGGAGACGCUCACCAAGGUUUUCUUCAAACAGUUUGAGGUGCCCUCUGUGCUGUUUGCACCAAGUCACCUGAUGGCCAUCAUGACUUUAGGCAUCAACUCGGCUCUUGUGAUGGACUGCGGCCACACGGAGACACUGGUGCUGCCUGUUUACGAGUGCACUCCCAUCCUGCCUGCCUGGGAGGCCUUGCCUUUGGGUGGAAAAGCCAUCCACAAAGAACUGAACACCGUUCUUGUGGAGCAGUGCACCGUGGACACAGACACCACCACUGGACAAACUAUACCAGCUAGCAUUGGAACAAUCCCAGAGGAGACCGUGGAGGACAUUAAGGUGAGAACGUGCUUCGUCAGCGACCUGCAGCGAGGCGUCAAGAUUCAGGAGGCCAAGUUCAAUCUGGACGGUACAGCUGAGCGUCCAGCCCCGCCUCCUGAUGUUGACUAUCCUCUGGAUGGACAGAAAAUCCUGCACAUCAAAGGAUCCAUCAGGGACUCCCUAAUGGAGAUUCUGUUUGAGCAGGACAACGAGGAGAAGAGUGUGGCCUCGCUGAUACUCGACGCUCUGGUGAAGUGUCCAAUCGACGCGCGCAAAGUGCUGUCUGAGAACUUGGUGGUCAUCGGCGGGACAGCCAUGUUGCCAGGUUUCCUGCACCGGCUGCUGGCCGAGAUACGCCUGCUGGUGGAGAGGCCCAAGUACCGCGACGUCCUGGCCAGCAAGAGCUUCCGCAUCCACUUGCCGCCCGCCAAGCCCAACUGCACUGCUUGGCUGGGAGGUGCCAUCUUCGGGGCUCUCCAGGACAUCCUGGGCAGCAGGUCGGUGUCUCGUGACUACUACAACCAGACAGGACGUAUCCCGGACUGGUGCUGUCUGAGCUCGCCUCUGCCCGAUUCCCUUUAUGAGGCCGGCAAGACCCCGCCCCCGCUCAUGAAGAGAGCCUUCUCCACUGAAAAAUAGAUCAAGUAUUCAACACUCUCUCAUAUUGGCUAGAUAUCUUUUCGCACCUGUCAUAUUUCCAUAUUAAUCAUGUGUCUGGACCAGUUUGUGAGCCGGUUUCUUGAAUGGAAGUGAAUUUUGAGGUUCCAACAAAUGUCAACAGUGUUAAAAUGGUCUCAGCAGGCAAACUUCUACUAAAUGUUGGCACUUGAGGCUGCAUGGACAAAAGAAAGUUUUGUUAAUUUAUUAUUUGCACAGCUGGUGUUGGUCCAAGCCCUGAAAUAAAAGCUCCUGCACGUGCACUCUUGUGUU